AUGCAGAUCUUUGUGAAGAUCCUCACCGGCAAGACCAUCACCCUCGAGGUCGAGUCCUCGGACACCGUCGACAACGUCAAGGCUAAGAUCCAGGAUAAGGAGGGUAUCCCUCCGGACCAGCAGCAUCUCAUCUUUGCUGGCAAGCAGCUCGAGGAUGGUCGCACCCUGGCUGACUACGACAUCCAGAAGGAGUCCACCCUCCACCUGGUGCUAAGGCUCCAUGGUGGCAUGCAGAUCUUUGUGAAGACCCUCACCGGCAAGACCAUCACCUUGGGGGUUGAUGCUCUCAACACCAUUGACAACAUCAAGGCAAAGAUCCAGGACAAGGAGGGCAAACCUUGGGUGCAGCAGCGAGGAUGUGACAUGUACAUCUUUGCCACCAAGCAACUUGAGAACGAUCGCACCCUUGCUGACUGCAACAUCCAGAAAGUUUCCACCCUUUGCUUGGUCCUCUGCCUCCGACAUGGCCAGUAA